AUGUCCACAAUCAGUUUUAGCCGCAUGUUUCGCGGCAAGUUCCGCACCAACACGUGCCGGAUCGUGCUGCUGACUUCGCUCGUUUGGCUGCUGAUCGAUGUGGUGCUGAUCGUGAAGUACGCCGACUGUCCUAGCUCGGGCGGUGGUUCUAGCUGGCUGUGCAAACGCAGCGGCCCCGGAGAGUACGAUGUCGAGAUCCCUCGGGCAGAACAACAGCAACAUCAGCGGCGCGCGGUGGCCCCAGAAGACGACGAUCCGAUCGUUGGCCCCGAGGAGAUCGACACCAACUCGAACAACCUGGGCGAUGGCGCGCUGGACAGCGCAAUGCCUCGCACGUACCGGCCGCAGGAGCUGAAAAAGUGGCGUCCGGCGCCGACGGUCGGCGAAAAUUACGGUCGUCCCGGCGAAAUGGGUAAACCGGUGAAAAUUCCGUCCAGCCAGCAGGAGCUGAUGAAGGAAAAGUUCAAAGAGAAUCAAUUCAACCUGCUCGCCAGUGACAUGAUCUGGCUGAACCGAUCGCUCACCGACGUGCGGCACCACGACUGUAAAAAGAAACACUACUCGGCGAAAAUGCCGACUACCUCGAUAGUUAUCGUGUUCCACAAUGAGGCGUGGAGCACGCUGCUGCGUACGAUAUGGAGUGUGAUAAAUCGAUCACCGCGGCCGCUGCUGAAGGAGAUUAUCCUGGUGGACGACGCGAGCGAGCGGGAACAUUUGGGCCGCCAGCUCGAAGCCUACGUCAAAACGCUGCCCGUGUCGACGUUCGUUCUGCGCACUGGCAAGCGGUCCGGUUUGAUUCGGGCCCGGUUACUCGGUGCCAAACAUGUCAAGGGUCAAGUAAUUACAUUCCUGGAUGCGCACUGCGAGUGCACCGAGGGUUGGCUGGAGCCACUGUUGGCACGUAUCGUGCUGGAUCGCAAAACCGUCGUGUGUCCCAUCAUCGAUGUGAUAUCGGACGACACGUUUGAGUACGUCACGGCGUCCGACCAGACGUGGGGCGGUUUCAAUUGGAAGCUAAACUUCCGAUGGUACCGAGUGCCGGCUCGUGAGAUGCAACGGAGAAAUCACGAUCGCACGGCACCGCUCCGGACGCCAACCAUGGCCGGUGGGUUGUUUUCGAUCGAUCGGGACUACUUCUACGAGAUUGGCUCGUACGACGAGGGUAUGGACAUUUGGGGUGGCGAAAAUUUGGAGAUGUCGUUCCGGAUAUGGCAAUGUGGUGGCAUCCUAGAGAUUGCGCCCUGUUCGCACGUGGGCCACGUGUUCCGUGAUAAGUCUCCGUACACCUUCCCUGGUGGGGUGGCAAACAUUGUGCUGAAAAAUGCGGCCCGCGUGGCCGAAGUGUGGCUAGACGAUUGGAAAGAAUUUUACUAUCAGAUGAGCCCAGGCGCUCGCAAAGCCUCUGCUGGAGACGUCAGUGAACGACGGGCGCUUCGAGAACGGCUAAAAUGCAAAAGCUUCCGUUGGUAUUUGGAAAAUAUUUACCCCGAAAGCCAAAUGCCACUCGACUACUACUUCCUUGGGGAGAUUCGAAACGUUGAGUCGCAAAACUGUCUUGAUACGAUGGGACGGAAGGCGAACGAAAAGAUCGGUAGCAGUUACUGCCAUGGUCUAGGUGGAAAUCAGGUAUUUGCUUACACCAAGCGGCACCAAAUUAUGUCGGACGAUAACUGUCUCGACGCAUCGAACGCGCUAGGACCGGUGAACCUGGUCCGAUGCCAUGGUAUGGCCGGCAAUCAAGAGUGGAUAUACGAUGAAGAGGAAAAGACUAUCAAGCACGUUAACAGUGGCAACUGUUUAACACGACCAUCGCACGAGGACCCUUCGACGCCUCUGUUACGACCGUGUAGCACAUUCUCUCCCGGUCAACAGUGGCUGAUGCAGUCCAAGUUCAAGUGGCAAGCCCACCACGACAAUCACAUCGGUGAGGACAGAUAAGACGCACUGCUCGGUGCACGAUCUGCACACACUCGUGGACAGCCAAAGUCCUUAGCAGUGUCCAUCGAUCGUCACAGAAGUAGUAGCAGCAGCGGUCACAAUCGGGUGGCAGAUACCCACACCAGGGGAUCGUACUGAGGAUGCUUUUCCAACAAAGGUGGUGUUGAACUUCUCCCCACCGCAUGGGAGUAGCUGCCGAUUGAAAGCGACGAAUAUGCGACGUAUCGUGAUAAUCGUGAUCGUGAUAAACUGCGGUGAUGAAUCUGAUCGUCGACUUGCCAUUGCAUCAGUGUUUCUGAUGCAGAACGUUGGUACCACAGAAGAGAAAGCAUUCAUAUCUAAAGGAAUAUCGAAUAGGCGGAUAGUAACGUGUUACAUAGUCAUGUUACAAUAAGCUAAGACCUCCGCAAGGAACACCAUGCUCAUUGCUUACACACUGCGCACUAUGAGUUGAACUGAACAGAAUGUGUGCGUCCAUUGUUUUUAGUAACUGUAGGUUAAACGUAUUUGAAAUAUG